GCUUUUUAACGUCUACUGUCCAUAUUUUACCCUUUCGUUCAUUAGAAAGUUUCGUUGAAGACGGCACUUAUCAAUUAUCUGUCUUUCGUGAAUUCGAAAAAUCCGCUUGAAAAGAAAUUGAUGAAGUUGAUGAUAGAAGAAGAAAAAUUGACAACAAAUGUAGAGGAAGGAUUCAAGAGAGUUUGUAAAAAUCGGAAACUAGCAAUGUACUCAUCUGAGGAAGUACAAAAGAUUGUAAAUCUUAAAAUACCAUGUAAUCUGGCUUCUAUUGAGACGGGACGCGUAGACAGUUUAGCCAUGAUUUUAUCCAAAAACAAUCCAUUCACAGACGUUAUCAAUUUUCACUUGCAGAAAUUUAUCGAUAAUGGUAUGAUGAAUCGUUUAAAAGAUUCGACAUUUAAGAAGAAAUCCAGUGAUUUGAAGAAACAUGAACCGGUUCGCAUAAACAGCGUUAUGUCGCUUAUUUUCUUCAUUCAAACUGGUAUCAUUUUGAGUAUUUUUAUUCUGAUCAUAGAAAAGUGUAUAUUUUCUUCCAAAAUGAAGAAGGUGUCAAUGGUAAAUCGUACUCCGAUUAAAUCGUUCGGAGUUAAUGUAAAAAGGAAACGACAACGCGAGAACUAUUAACAAUAACGCUAAAACUCGCUUUUAAACGAAUUUUUUUAUUUUGAUCGUAAUAUUUUAAUAUGGCACAUAUUCUUAAUCGAUUGUAAUAAUUGUCUAUGAUAACCUCGUGCAUGCGUAUAUAGAAAAAAUUAGAAUAUAACGUUUGCUAGUAGUAAAUCAUUUUGUUAAAUA